AUGAGCGGGCUGAACCGGAAGGCCGGAGGGGGGUGCUUGGAAGCGGCGAACCAGAAGGUGACUCUAACGAGCGUGGAUUUCGCGAGCUGCAUCGCGUACCUUAAUGGCGGCGCCGUCUCCAUUUCGUCAUCCAUGGAUGUGACUAUGACGGGUGUGACUGUGUUCGACUCGAAGGUCACCCAAGGGGGCAUCGACGGUGGUGGCGGCGGCAUUGCCAUCUUCUCAUCCAAGGCAACACUGUCGGUGGUUCUAGACUCCACUAUUGAUUCGACUACGUCUGUGUAUGGUGGAGGCGGAAUCUACGGCAUGGGCACGACCUCAAUCUCGAUCCAACGGUCCACAAUCACCCGCUGCACGAAUUACAUGGAGAGCGGGACGGGGAUUGGUGUGGAUUGUUGGAACCUGGACACAAUCACAGGAAGCGUGGAGUUAAUUGAUAGUAAUAUCCUGGAUAAUACGGGGUAUUCGGAGGUUAACCUCGGGGUCGGGGUGUAUUUAUCGGAUGUCAAUGCGGUGGUGCGCGGUUGCAAUAUCUCGGGGAACAACGGGCUGAUGACGGAGGGGCUUAAAGCCCAGGGAGGGGGUAUCAGCACGAACGUGUAUUCCAAGACUGACGUCACGUUUGAGCUCACCAACUCCACCGUCAGCAGCAAUUCGGCGUACAUGGGUGGAGGACUCUAUAUCGCAUCACCUGCAGUCACCAUCACCAACGUCACUUUUGGCUACAACUAUGCCGUCGCUUCAGGAGGCGGAGUCUACUGGCUGAGCGGUGGCAGCAUGGCAAAGAGUCGAGUGGAGAGCAACGUGGGGGACAUGGGGGGGGGCGGCAUGGCAGUCAACACGAUCAACCCCAUCACUGUGGACGAUUGUGACUUUGUUGCUAACGAGGCCACCACUGGGGAGGGUGGAGGCGUGCUUAUAACGGAGGGCGAAGCCACAGAUGUGACAAUCAGCAACAGCCGCUUCUCUCAGAACAAGGCAAUGGCAGCGCGAGGAGGGGGUGUGUUCCACAGCGGGACAGCCCUCUCCCUCCUCUCCACCUCCUUCCAAAGCAACUCCGCUGCUAAGGGCGGCGCACUGGCUAUCGUCGGCUCUGUCCUCUCCUCUUCCUCUCCCUCUGCUCCCUCCGCUCCCGCUGUCUCCACCGUUGCUACAGUAACCUCCUCCUCUUUCUCCCUCAACCAUGCUGACCUGGCGGGCGGCGCGGUCUACGCCGCCAUGACCGGCGACGCGCGAAUCACCGACUGCCAGCUGUCGCAGAACGACGCGACGACAGGUGGCGGCGUGACAUUGGAGGAGUAUAGUGUGCUGGACAUGCAGAGGAGCGUGUGUGACAAUAACAAGGCGAUAUCUGGGGGAGGGUGUUUGGCGCUGAUUGACUCUACAUCCAGUGUGAUUGUAAAGGGGGAGAUGAAGGGAAAUAAGGGAGGGAGCGAGGGAGGGGGGGUUCGUGUGAGCGGGUCUGCGAAGUUGAGUGUAUCGGGGGUGAUUAUUGAGGGGAACAGCGCGGAUGGGGGUGGGGGGUUUGUCUGGGCAGAAAUGGAUUCUCAGGUGAAUGCGACGGGCACCACGUUUCGAGACAAUUCUGCCCGGUUUUACGGCGGAGUGAUCUACGCCGUCCAUUCGGCCAGGGUAGAUCUCACAGGAUCGGAUCUGAUCGCAAACAGCGCGGAUCUGGGCGGCGCGGCGCUGAUCGAGGGGCGGGCAGUUUUGUCCUCUUUCAACUCGUCGUUUUCUGAGAAUGCGGUCCAUGCAGUGAUGGUGAGAGGCCAGGCAGUGGCAACCAUCAUCGGUGGUAGCUUCAGCAACAACACAGCUGCCAGCAUCCCUCCCUCUUCCUCCUCUUCCUCCUCUUCCUCCUCCUCCUCCUCUGCGUCUGCUGCGGCAGUUGCCGAUUCCCCUUCAACCGCUCCCACUCCCACCACCGCCGCCACUGCUACCGGAUUUUCCGACUCAGCCUAUCCUUUCUCGCCUUCCAUUCGCAUGGCUGCUGCCUUUGCUGCAGCAGUCACCUCCUCUAUCGAAUCGGCUAGCUUGAACACCAAAGGCCUUACUGCUAGAAUCCUUGCUGCUGCUUCUUCUCCUUCCGCUCCUGCUGCUGCCGGUGUAGCUGGGAAUGUUACCGCCGGCCAAGGCAGUAAUAGCACGGCGGCAGGAGCAACAACAGCAGCAACAGCAACAGGAGUGGUGAGCCCUAUGGGCGACGGUGGGGCGCUCCAUAUCACCGACUCCGCCAUCCUCGUUAUAAACAGCUCCACUCUCGCCGGCAACACUGGGAGCAGCGGCGGCGCGAUCUUCUCCGAUGCCCUCGCGACCGUCUCGAUCAACGGCUGCGAUUUCACCUCAAACGCUGCCAGCAAGGGAGCAGGAGCCCUGGCCACAGGGAAUUCAACCCUCUCUGUCUUCCUCUCUAACUUCACCUCGAAUGCAGCGUCGUUCGGAGGAGGCGGGCUGUUCUACGAGGGAAACUCGCAGGGAAGCAUCUUGAACUGCUCGUUUGUGGGGAACGAUGCCAAGAAGGGAGGCGCGGCUGUGUAUGUGGAUCGGGAGCUUCUCCGGAAGAACCCCCUGGGGGAGAUGACUGACAGCAGCAGUGGUAACAGCACCGGUGACAGCAGCAGCAGCAGCGGCGGUGGUGACAGCAGCAGCGGCGGUAGUGGAAGCGAGGGCGGGUCAUCAGACAGUAGCAGCGGCAGCAGCGGCGGGUCAUCGGAGCCUUCUCUCCCGCCGGCCGUGUCAUUCAACAACAACCUGACGUGCGCCAACGUGGUGUUUGAGCGCAACGCCGCAGUGCCCAGCCAGGGCGUGGCGUUCUUUGACACGUCCUUCUGGCCGGGCGUGAGAAUCACCUGCGCCGACGCUGACAGCACCAAGCGAGACACCAUCGGCACCCCUCCCACGUCCUUCUCUCUCAUGUGGGAGAAUAACGUACUGGAAGGGGGUAAUGCCACGGACACAUCUCAGCCGUUCACAGUGAUGGGGGACACGCAGACGCCCAUCGUCAACAUCACAGUCACCAUCCUAGACGCCUACGGCAACGUCGCCACCGACGACUUCUCCUCCAUCAUCGCCAUCCAGCCCGACCCCCGCAUCUCCGGCCUCCUCCGCGCCACCGCGCUCCGCGGCCGGGCAGUUCUUCCGCCCGUUUCCCUCGUCCUGCCACCCGAAGAAGCCGCGAAUUUCACCCUCCCGAUCACCGUCAGCAGCCCGACGGACGCGUAUCCACCAAUCACGCGCGAGCUUGAGUUUGGGUUGUGCGAUCCGGGGAGCUAUUUCUCCCUGGAUGAUCUCGCUUGCCUGCCGUGCGAGGUGGGGUAUAUGUGUCCAGCGGGGCAGGGGUCUGUGGUGUGUGAGGAUGGGACGUUCAGCUUUCUUCCGGCUGCGAGCGAGUGCGUGACCUGUGCGGACACGGUUACGAUUCUCGGGGAUAAUGCGAUGGAUUGCACCAAUGGCACCUGCACGAUCGCUGCGGAUUUCUGGUUGGACCCGGGGAGCGUUGACUCUGACAACCCCGCAGUGUACUACUGCGACGUGUCGAACGGCUGUGCGGGAUUCGAGUACGCGUCCCCCAACGACACGCAGUGCUCCGAGGGGUACAAGCAGAACCGCCUCUGCUCCAUGUGCUCCGAAGGCUACUACUCAGUCAUCGGCACGUGCUACCAGUGCACGUCCUGGAUGGAGACGCUCUUCUGGUUCUUCUUCGUGCUCGUCAUCCUGCUGUGGGUGGCGACGGCCGUCUUUUCUGACCGCUUCCACUCGGUGUCGAUGAUGAACAGUGAGCUGCAGAUCCUGGCAGUGCUGGGGUCCGUGGACCUGCAGUUCCCCGACUGGGCGAGAAAGGUGGUGGAGCUUUCAACACUCAGCCUCUUCUCCGUGGAAGUCCUGGGUCCCGACUGCAAGGUGCCUUUCCCCUUCACGCCGUCGGCGAACCCACCGGCCCCUCUGGAGGAUAUUUAUAUUCACGGGGCGGCUAACUGGCUGGACGUGUGCUAUCUGCCCAUCACCGUGCGCUGCUUUCAGGCCUUUUCCAAGAGUACAUAUGAUGAGACAGUGAUGACCUUUUCCCCAACGGACCUGUGGAGCAGCAGUGCGCGCAUCACGCUGUUUGCGCUGGCCAUCGCCAUCACCAUCGUCUUUGUGGCCGGCGCGCCCAUCUACUACGCGCUCACCAUGCUCUACGGGAAGAAGCAGAAGCUUCUGGACACGCGUGCGUUCCGCGCGCGCUGGGGUUGGAUGGUGACGCGAUACGAGUACCGCUAUUUCUACUGGCACCUCAUGCUGUUUGCAAGGAGGAUUCUGGUUUCUGCUCUCUUUGUCUUCCUCGUUGAUUCGCCCCCGGUCCAGAUGACUGUUCUCUUCCCCGUGCAAGUCAUUCUCAUCGGCCUCCAGCUCGCCGCGUCCCCCUUCGUCGCCUCAACCCACGACGCGUUCGCAGCGAUCCUCAUCGUCGCCGAAAUGAUCUUCAUCAUCGCCACCAUGGGCCUCUGGGCUCUAGACGAUCUCGGGGAAGGCGGGGACGGAGGGGACGGAGCAGCAGGGGGGAAGCCCGGAGCAGGGGCGACGAGCAACAAGCCGCCGAAGCAUGUCAGGGAGGGAGCAGUGGAGGUGUCUCCUAGUGAUGUGCUGGACUGGUUCCGCCCGCACAUUGCAGCUAUCAUCCUGCUCCCGGGCCGGGAGGAGGAGCGGAGGCUCCUCAUGAAGUAUGGGAUCUCUCUGGCGUUUCAGCAGAGCUUCUCCCAGCUGACUCUGGUGGAGAAGAAGAGGAAGCCUCAGUCGCUGCGCCGCUUAUUGACGUCCGUGAAGCUUCCAGACAUCCUCGGCUGGCUGUCAUCCCCCCUCUGCACCACUGCCGAUCGAGCUCUGUUUGUUCGUCUGCUAGCGGCCGUGCGCGCGGCAACAGUGGAGGAUGCGGGCGGCCCGCGUUGGAGCAAGUGCCUCGUGGUGGCGUUUCAGGGGAAGGCCAACACCACGCGCAAAGUGGCAGCAGCAAGCAAGGACUAUCUGGCAGAAGCAUCAGAGCAUACACUGGCAGAGGCAUCUCAGGAGGACUCACCAUAUGGCUAUGGUGUCUAA